UCUAUGAAUCUUGAUGGCGGAGCUCAUGCUAUUCUUCCGCAUGGAUAAUGCACUGACGUCUUUAGCUUUAAUUCUGGGAUUUUAGAAGUUUUGAAGAAAAUAACAUCGCAUUUACUUUCUUUGUUUUCAACACUGAUACAUUAAAAGGUAAACCCGUUAUUUUAUACUCGGAAUCCUAUUAAACACGUGCAUGUUUCUAAUGACACUGUUUCUCUAGAAGGUCAAGAUUUAAAGAAUCAGUAGAUAUGUCUGUGUUUGGAGGACUGUUGAGAAGCACGGUGACCUUCUGUCAGUCAUCACUUAUGUUGUGUACGAGACACUUCACUACAGGUACUUGCGCUAGAGUACGAAUGCAUGCCAUUCCCAAACUGAAAGAGGUGGACCGAUGGACAGAGAAGAGAAGCAUGUUUGGAGUGUAUGACAACAUAGGAAUCUUGGGUGAAUUUAAAGCCCAUCCAAAAGACUUGAUCAAAGGCCCUGUAUGGCUCAAAGGUUUCCAUGGAAACGAGCUGCAGCGUCUCAUCAGAAAGAAGCGGAUGGUUGGAGACCGAAUGAUGACAGAGGACCGGCACAACCUGGAAAAGAGGAUCAGCUUCUUGUACCGCCGCUUCAACAGAUACGGCAAACACAGAUAGACUGAACGCUUCCAACAAUGACUCUUAAACCGUUUGAUAUGUUUACUUCAUUUGUACUGAUGUGAAAUGAAUGAGAUGUAAGCAAUCAAUUUGUUUAUUACGCUGUUUAGUAUGCUGUUUUGUAAAACAAUGUGUUGUAUGGUCACAUGGUCACAAAAAGAUUUCCUUCAACAAAGAUUGAACUCAUAUGCUGUACAAUAAAGAGGUUUACUUAAAAAAUGUUUAUUUAAAAAAAUCAAAUCAAACGAAAUUAUUUCCAAAACACACACACAAAAAAAAACUGUAAUUCAGUAUAUUACUGGUAUGAUGUGGUAGCCCAUCACUGCUCUGGGAUCAGUGAGAGAGAGAAUUAGGACUGGGAAAGCCUGUGAACUGACCUUCAGUCAGCAUGGAGUGUUCAGAUUCUGGCUGUGGGGGAGGGAAAAGAUGAUAAACUUUAGAAUGUUUAUGCCUGGUUUCACAGACUAAAAUAAAAGUUUGAGAUGUCUUAACUAAAAAUAAAUUGAUGUAACAUA